AUGGGAUUCAACAAUAUGAAAGGUUUAAAUACCUUCAUUACUGAUAUCCGGAAUCUGCGUUCAAAAGAACAAGAAGAAAAACGCGUGAAUGUGGAAUUAGCGAAAAUUCGUGCCAAAUUCAAAGGUUCUACGCUCAAUGGAUAUCAAAAAAAGAAGUAUAUUUGUAAACUACUUUACAUAUACAUGAUGGGCUAUACUGUAACUUUUGGUCAUUUAGAGUCUGUGAAUCUUCUUUCUUCGAAUAAAGUGAGAGAAAAGCAAGUUGGUUAUUUAGCAACAGCUUUUCUUCUUCAUGAGAACCAUGAACUAAUUAAACUUGUUAUUAAUUCUGUGAAGAAAGACCUUAUGAGCACCAAUCCUAUUCACAACAGCUUUGCUCUAAACGCAGUUGCUAACAUCGGCGGGCAAGAGAUGUGUGAGGCGGUUUAUGUUGAUGUGCAUAAACUACUUUGUUCACCUACCUCCGAGAGUUAUGUUCGACAGAAAGCUGCACUUGCAAUGCUUCACAUUUAUCGUAAAUAUCCCCAUCUCAUACAUCCAGAGUGGCUUGAGAGACUGGCUAUGAUGUUGAGCGACGAGGAUUUGGAUGUUUCUCUUUCAGUAGCUUCUCUCAUGGAAGCCAUUGCAAAACAAGAACCUGCCAUGCAUGGAAUGCUGUUUUCUCAAGCCGUAAAUCGGUUAAAGAACAUUGUUUUUGAACAAGCUUACACUCCUGACUAUUUGUAUUAUGCCGUUCCGUGUCCAUGGCUACAAGUCCGGUUACUUCGUGUGCUUAUUGCAUGUUCCCCUACUGAUGAUAAGGCGUUGCAGGAAAGUCUUCACACUGUUCUCGCUCGAAUCAUCUCAGUUCACGUUAUACCAUCUAACAUCCAGCAAACCAAUGCUUUGCAUGCCAUUCUUUUCGACGCCAUUCGGCUCAUUUACAUUAACGAACCCAAUGAGACACUCUCACAAAAUACCACUAAGCUACUUAGUGAAAUGAUUGCCAGCAAGGAAACAAACAUUCGUUAUCUUUCGUUCCAAUUGACCGCCUCCCUAAUCAGCAAUGGUUUUAAGAUGCCUUUCUUGAAAAAGCACAAGGACCUAAUCCUCUCAUCUUUGAAAUACAAAGAUGUGUCAAUGCGUAAAAAGAGUCUGGAUUUGCUAUACGCAAUGUGUGAUUCCGAGAACUCCAAGGUCAUCAUUUCAGAUUUACUGCAGACUUUCCCCUACCUGGAUACUACUACGCGUGAGGAUAUGGUACUUAAGAUUUCGGUCUUAACGGAAACACACUCUAAAGAUUCCAAGUGGUAUGUAGACGUGAAUUUGCAACUUCUACGACUUGGAGGGGAUUCUGUGAGUGAUGAGGUUUGGAAAAGGCUUAUAGUCAUAAUUAUGCAGCGGCCGGAAAUUCAGAAGUACGCCGUGACAAGUCUCUUCAAGCUUCUUCAAUCCGAUUCGGUCUACGACAGUCUCAUCAAGAUUGGCGGCUAUAUCAUCGGUGAAUACGGGCGUUUGAUAUCUGAGGAAACCGGAAGCUUGCCUAUAAACCAAUAUACUACUAUAUAUCGUAAACUGUGCACCUCCCAUUCGACUUCAACAAAGGCAUUGCUGUUGACAACCAUGCUGAAAUUUUGCAAUACUUAUCCUGACAUGAAAUCUCGUAUAAUGAACAUUUUCGACAAGUAUGCUACAAUGUUGGAUCCUGAAGUACAACAAAGAGCUUGCGAAUAUCGGCUGAUUCUUCGACUUCCAAAUGAGGUUCUAAAAACAGUUUGUGAUGAAAUGCCGCCAAUCGAUGAGAAAUCUCAACCCUUGCGCACCGACUUGGCAAGAUUAUCUACGUAUUCUUUAGCCCGCACCCAAAGUAUGUCAACGGAAAAUAUCUUCCGUACAGACGCGUUGGAUCUUUCGGCUUGUUACCCUGGUUUUGCACGUUUAUGCUGGCGUAAUGAGGGCGUUUUGUUUCAAGAUGCACUGCUGCAAAUCGGCGUUCGUAUAAGCGUAAAGAAAGAAUAUGCAACGGUGUUCCUUUACUUUGGUAGCCGCUCUGCUACGGAUAUCACUUCGUUUACCUCUUCAUUUUUGAAUAAGAGUGAAAACUUAGAAGUUUCCUCUACAUUUUCGGAAACCGUUUUGAAACCCAAAGCACAGAUUUUUGAGGAAAUUACUAUAGCACUUCCCAAGGGGGCCUUCGAAGUACCCGUUGUCCGCGUUUCAUGCGUUGCCGGAGUUUUGCAUUCAGUGAAUUUGAAGAUUCCUAUCAUCAUAACAAAGUUCAUGCAACCUGUUACAUUGGAUGCAUACACAUUCUUUCAUCGGUGGGGCCAAAUGGGCCAGGAACGUGAAGCACAGCUUACUUUUGCUCUUGAAAAUCCAAAGGACAAGCUGGAAACUGUAAAACUGUUUAAGGUUGUCAUUGGUAUGCAAUGGGGUAUAUGCACAAAUGUGGAUUCAAUUAAGACAAACAUUGUUGGUGCCGGUAUAGUGAAAUUGAAUAAUUCCAAUCCUGGAUGUUUGCUCAGAUUGGAACCCAACUACGAAAAAGACCUAAUUCGUGUAUCUGUGCGAAGCACUCAAACAGACAUUGCCAAUUGCAUUGCCAAAAUAAUGCAAGACGUAUUAUCACGCAGUUUCAACGCCUAA